GGGAAUAUUUCUAUAGAUCAACACAGUCACUUGAUUACGCCUACGCGACUUCGCCUGACUUUUGGUUUCGUCCUGCCAUCAUCAUACACAUUCAUUCCUCAAAAGCUCCCUUCAGGACAUCUACCGCACAGCUUCAAACGUCAAAGGACUAUAAAUCAACCUUAAAUCGACCAAUAGCACAUAGAUCCCACGAUUCAAAAUAUAGGUCGCUGCAUAUAUCGAAGAGAAGUGGGAUUGUGACUACAUUGAGGCCGCUGAGGCUGUCGCAACGAAGACUCGAGGUCUGGAGGAUGACCGGUUUGAAGAGCCAGAGCAUGACGGAAGUCACUUUAACCACCGUCGACGGACACGCUCUCAAGCGCAGAAGAGUUGAUUAUCCCGGUCUACAACGAUUCAUGUCCGAAGCAGUUUUGAACCCGCAAUCAACUAUGACAUCUGCAGCGACGUUAGCACCAGCUCUAUCGCCUUCUAUUCGGAAGUCAUAUUCCAUCGCGCCACCAUCGCCACCAUCGCCGAAACAUCUAGAGUGCAUCCAGACGGCAUCUGCACUCUCCUUAGCUCGUCGUUCACCGUCACCAGUACCGACAGAACUCGACAUUGACAAUGCAGAGCGCCCUGACAUCGAUGCUCACUUGUACAACACCCACAAGAUUAAGGUCAUUGAUUACGCAUCCGACCCACCAACCACCAAUUUUUCCCUCGAUAAUAAAACCGACUUCUCCACCACUUCGGUUGAAACUCGGUCGGAGGGGUUACCUAGAAUAUAUGAAGCUUUCUUCGCGAAAGAUGCGAUGGCGCAAUACGAAUGGUUCAUGUUUCGUGGUAGCCGAGAAUGGGACCAUUUGAGUCAGCAAGGCACUGAGGUGUGGGAGGACAACGAUGACAAGAAAGAGAAAACCCAGAAAGAAACUGAGCUACAACAAGCUCAAGCAGGUCUCCAGAAUUCGAAAUCGCCCGUUCAGACUUCUCCCCGUCGCGGCCAGCCUUUACGACGGCAACAAUGUGUGCCAUUAACCAGACUCAAACUCUUCAAUGACGAGCCUUUGCACUCUGAAUCCUUUGUGACGCCAUCCUCAACUCCGCCAACAUCAUCCGCAAAGCCGGCUGUCUCCGAGCAAGAGAAAACGCCACUUCUACCUUCAUUUUCACUACACAACCCUCUUGCUCCAAGAAGUACGAAACCGAAGAGAACCUAUCCCAUUCCUGGUAGGCUUCUCUACCGUCUUCAUGAGAUCCGGUGGGUCACAGAUGAGGAGGCCCGCCAACGGUGGUUAACCGUUGACUGGGAAGAGUUCCAUGCGUUUGAGAAGCAAGAGAGGGAGAAAUAUAAGGACGGAAAGCGAGGUUUCAUGGGCAAGGGUGAAGUUGGAUACCCGUACUGGGUAGUCUGGGGCAGUCCCCCUUCUCCCCAAACAAGUAAGAAGGGAAAGCAAAAAGCAACAAUACCCGAGCUGGCACUGCAAACAACAGCUGAACCCGAAACCGUUGAACUCGACAUUGUGGCAGCGGAGGACAUUGUCGAAUCUCAGAACGUCCACGCAACUCUGAGCGGCACUCUGGACACUCCCCGAACCUCCCCCGAACCUAGAACGAAUAUCGAAACUGCAGGUUCUCCACCAGCAGAAGAGUCGCAAUCGAUGCACCCUACCCUGAGUGGGUCAAUCAAGACACCUCGUAACUCUCCCUCUCCAGCUCCAGACGACGAACCAUCGACGUAUCCGCCCACUAACACACCACUGCCGACGUCUAUCCCCAAUAUGAACACCACAUACGUGCCUUCACCAAAGCCUACGUCUUCGCCAAAGAAAACCGCCACAACCGCUGCGCUUGCCGCACAAUUGUAUUAUCUGGCACUUGAGGAAGAUGCAGAGCUAGGAUAUGGAAAACCGCCUUCUAGAGAGUACCGCCGUGCGUUGGGAGAUCGAGCAGGUGAAGUAUGGAUAUGGCUUGGAGAGUAUUCACGAAGAUGGGGGAAGUUCGUUGGGCUAGGGAAGAAAGAGAAAGAGCUUGUUGGCGAUGUGAACAUGAACAAUGCAGGAGGACAAAUUGGGGAUUUGGUUGCAGGUAGUGAUGACAACGCCACAGGGGGGAGCGGAAGAGUUCUCGGAAUGAACGCCGGAGGGCCAGGGAGGUCGAGAACGUUAGGAAGGACCGCUACGCUGCGUGAUUUAGGAAGGGCUGGGACAUUGGAUUCCACUGCGUUUAGGGACGUACCGGUGAGUGGCCAAUCUCUUUGCCUGGAUAAGUGAAGUAGAACUAACUUCGCGAAGACUCAGCUCAACGAAAUGAAAAUGGAUGUGGAUGUUCCGACCAUACCCAGAACGACCACCGCUCUCGAAUUUCAGCGAGACGAAGCAGGCACUCCUAUGGACAUUAAUGCCGAGCUGGAGACUUCUGGUAUUCGAUCGACGAUUGGGCCUGCUGGAGUCUCUGGAGGAGGGGAAAUACAAGUGGUUCCAAUCGAUAGUCCUUCGUCCAGAGCUCUCGGUGGUGGUGGGGCAGUGGCCACUGCAGCCCAGGAGGAGCAACAGCCGAUGGAGGUUGUGGUCGAAGAUCACGCUGGUCAAGGUCGAGUGACUAGAAGUGCUGCUCAGAGGGCUAAUAAGCGCUUUCGGCCUCUCGCUAAAGAGAAUGCAGAGAUAGCCGAAGAGAACAAAGAACCUGUAACAAAGAGGAGAACAAGGGCUACAGCGACAACUAACACAUCAAAGACCAGCUCCAACAAAGGGAAAGGAAAGGCUAGAGCUGUCGAAAUGACGGAGGACAAAGAAGGCAAAGGAGAAGCAGCAGAGGAUGACGAUGACAGUUCUGGAGAAUACCGCGCUCCAAAGGCUGGAAAGAGCUCGAAGGCGAGCGUUGCUGCACACCCUAGGAAUAAGCAGAAACGGGGCAUUGGGAUGGUUGAGCCAGAAGCGGCCGCUUCGGGUGAACUGGAAGAUUCGGGUUUGGGUUCGGGUUUUACCAAUGUCGAGGCUCUGGCCCAGCCUGUUACGACCUCUACUACUAGACGGGGAAGACCUCGGGGAAGACCUAGGAAGACUACCAGGCGGAGAGGUGCUUGAUUUCGACUUUUGUCCUUGGAAUUAAUAACAAGUGAUACCUGCUAAUACGGCUACCGCCCUUUUUCUGCGAUACUUGGUUUCUGGCCCCUUGCGCGCUUACUUACUUUUUCUCUCUCCCUCACUACACCGCCCAUUCCUCUUGCCGCAUCAUACACAAGUACAAUUAUUUCUCCAUUGUUCCCUUACCAAUGCAUUGUAUCAACUGUAAACAGUAGAUGUAGCGACGGUAGUUACCCAAUGACUGUAUUAUCACUGAUUUCAAUUAUAUCUUUAUUAUAAA